AUGCGUCUGAGAAGUGGCCUCGCGCCUUCUCGUGCGCCCGGCGCAUUCGGGGCGUCGUAUAAAUCGAAAAAUGCCCCUUUCCGCACUCCCCCAUCCGCAAUUCCUCUUCCCCAUUCCCCGUUCCACAUCCCCCGUUCCGCAUUCCCCCUUUCGCAUUUCCCCAUCCGCAUUCCCCGUUCCGCAUCCCCCCUUCUGCAUUCCCCCUACCGCAUUCCCCCUUUCGCCUUCCCCUUCCACCUUCCCCCUUUCCGCGUUCCCCCUUCCGCAUCCCCCCUUCCGCGUUCCCCCUUCCGCAUUCCCCCUUCCGAGUUCCCCCUUCCGCAUUCCCCCUUCCGCAUACCCCCUUCCGCGACGGAAGGGAGGAAGGGAGAGAAGGGAGGGAUGUCCGAGAAGGGAGGGAAGGGAGAGAAGGGAGGGAAGGGAAGCAGGGAGAGUGAGGGAGAGAAGGGCGGGAAGGGAGAGAAGGGAGGGUUGGGAGAGAAGGGAGGGAAGGGAGAGAAGGGAGGGAAGGGGAGCAAGGAGAGCGAGGGAGAGAAUGGGAAGAGUUGGAGAGUUGGGAGGGAAGGGAGAGGUGUACGGGAGGUGGGUAGAGGAGUGCGGGAGGUGGGGAGAGGAGCUCGGGAGGUGGGGAGAGGAGUGCGGGAGGUGGGGAGAGGAGCACGGGAGAUGGGGAGAGGAGAACGGGAGGUGGGGAGAGGAGCACGAGAGACGAGGAAAGGAGUGCGGGAGGCGGGGAGAGGAGCACGGGAGGCGGGGACAGGAGUGCGGGAGGCGGGGAGAGGAGAACGGAUGGCGCGGGGAGGAGAUCGGAUGGCGAGCGCGUGA